GUAACAAAAAUUAAUAUAUAUAAUUCUCUCUUGGGAGUAAUUGUAAAAAAAAAAAAAAAGUAUGGGAAUGUUACCACUGUUCUUGACUUUCUUUGUUGCCAUAUUCGCGGUGACAUCCAAAGGUUCAGAGGAUUCAAUCGCACACCAAAUCCACCUUCUCCGGCCACAAUCCGGCUCCGGCGGCGGCCGUAUUCCUGGACUUUCAUGCCUGAGUUGGCGGCUUGGUGUGGAAACUAACAAUAUAAUCGGGUGGUCAACGGUUCCUGAGGCAUGUGAAGGGUAUAUAGGCCACUAUGUACUUGGCAGCCAGUACAGGAAAGACUCCAAAGUUGUUACUGAUGAAGCUAUUGUUUAUGCUAAGAGCCUCAACCUUACUAAGGACGGCAAAGAUUUAUGGGUCUUUGAUAUCGAUGAGACUUCACUUUCCAACCUUCCUUAUUAUGCUCACCAUGGAUUCGGGGUGGAGCCGUACAAUGCCACUCUCUUCAAUAAAUGGGUCCUGACCGGUAAAGGCUUAGCUUUGCCAGACAGUCUUGGGCUCUAUAACAAGUUGCUGAGCCUUGGAAUUAAGAUUGCCUUCAUCACAGGGAGACCUGAAGAUCAAAGAAAUGUCACAGCCACCAAUCUCAAAAAUGUUGGAUUUCACAGCUGGGAGAAGCUGAUCCUCAAGGGAUCUUCUUAUAAAGGAACAACAGCCGUUGUGUACAAAUCUGCUCAGAGAGAAAACUUGGAAGAGAGUGGAUAUAGAAUUGUUGGCAACAUUGGAGAUCAAUGGAGCGAUCUUUUGGGGACACAUGUCGGCAAAAGAACUUUCAAAUUGCCCGAUCCCCUCUACUACAUUAGUUGAAUUCUCAUUUUUUAUUUACCAUUUUGGCCAAAAAUGAGAUGCCUAAUACUUUGCUAUACGUUAGCAGUUUUUAUUUCAAUUGGUCAAUUAUCAAGAUUCAGAUUUCUUGCUGGCUAAUUAAUGUCUUUAAUUGUACUAUUUAAUAUUUGAACUUUGAAGGAUUAAAAGUUAAUUUGGUUCGUUUUCUAAAGUCAAAAGUUCUUUGUAAAUUAGGCCCCAUUGUUUGAAUUAAUCAAGUUUCUUUUCAAGAAAAUAAAAAUAAAGCAAAGUACGAUUGAUAUCA